AUGGCCGCCAGUAGCCCAGUCCAUGCCUGCUUCCGUGCCCAGUGCGGCAUUUGCGGCAGGGCGCUGGUCGCUGAUGAUCGCUUUAUACCGUUGAUAGGGUGCGAGCUCUCACCUGAAUCUCCCCCGUGUCUGGAGGGCGCAGAGUUUCCCCAGGGCAACGGGGUUGCUUUUGAUUAUCACGGCAGGACGCUGUGCUGGCGCCACAAGUGUCAGCAAUGCAAGCACGCCAGCAGAGCAGUCGGUGUCCACUCCGACUGCUUCGCAUUGUUUCAGCAAGAGUGUGUUCUUGAAGAUGCGCUUGAUCGUCUUUGGGUAGCGGUCCUAUCACGAAGUCCGUGGUGGUUCGCCCUGAAUGCUCGUGUUGAUCGGAGAGCCGAUUGCCCGCUGGAGCUUAUACAUGAAAAGGCGGACAAGUUCGGACUUUCCGCCUGGAGGCUUCUGCCGCCGGAGCUGACACAUAUGAUACAAGACAGCUCUGAGUCAGCUUUGUUUUGGCUCUACCUCUCUGCUCUGAGUUUUAUUAGAGAUCUUCCUGGAGAAGAUUCGUCCGAUGGCUCGUCCCAUAUUUCGGUGCCUCUCAGUAACGUAUUGGCAUGGACGAGAGGAAGCGCCCCAAUUAUUACCCUAGAGGAAGAAGGGCCACCCAUUGUACGUCUUACCAGUGAUUGUAGAGGUCUGAAACGGGUAGAAAGGCUCGACAACAUGCCAACCUACCAAGACUGGCGCUCAGACACAAUGGAAUUUGCCAUCCAGGACCUGGGCCUUGUCAAAAGUGUCAUUGCGGAGUUCAAGUACAACAUCCUGCGCCUAGAAACGUCGGACAUCAACCAUGGGUUCCAUAUAUGGGACAUGCCUGACCCACCCCUGUUAGAAGACUGCAAGUUCUGUGGGCAUAUUGGACACUCCAUGCGGUUCUCGACAAUCGAUUUGCACGUAGUCACAGGUCUCACCUUUUUCUUCUCCCACAAUAAGGUAUACGCAGUACAUCCGCACACGCCAUCUUAUCCAGAUGCAACGAAAACUUUUGACCGGUUCUCGCCGCAACGCCAGGCAAGUGUCGCUUGGGUGUAUCUUCCAUUGCCCAGAGGGGAGGAGAUCAUCUCAUUUGGUAUACGCCUGAAAACCGUGGAUGGGAGGACCGUGUCACAGAUGCCUUGCUUUAUGUUCCACACCAAGCUGGCGGGAGAAGUCAUUCUCGGACCACUGCCCGCUAGAAAUAGAUAUCAGGAUGUUGUUCUCGCGCCAUCAUACCCGAAGUUGCUAAUACACAACAUCACUGAGUUUGGUCCCAUCACGGUUUUUGGCGCAUUUGCCCCAGAAAGAGAUGACUCCAUGUCAGUUCCUGAUUUUUCGGACUCUCCGCCUUCCAAUGUUCCAAGUCGCCCGGCACUUUUCUCUUCUGCUUCACUCCAAUCUGUCACAUGCAUUGAAGUCUUCGAAAGCAUACAGACAGGCGCGAGCUCGGGCAUCUUAUUUCAUUACGAGAACGGGGCACAGCGUGCCGUGGGGAAUUGUCGAACCGGCCUUGACAGUGUCCAGACUUACAUCAAACCUUCGCGCCUAUGCUGGCAAUCUACAUCGGAGCGGCCACAUUCAAUGCGUGUCAUCUAUAAGUUCGAGAGCGGGGAUUGUUCUACACAUCAGCACAAUGAUGAUAAUUGGGUAUGUAUGGCUCUCGAAGGAACAAUGGAGUUCUGGUUUUCCCAGGAGGAUUCUUCGAUUCUCAUCCACCACCCAUGA